CAGAAGGUCUCCUAACGUAGGGAGGACAACCUCAAAAAAUCUGCAGAGGAGGGGGACCCAAGAAGAGACCCUUUUCCUUCGGAAAGAUUAUCCAUCGUUCUUCAAGACCACCAGGUUUGAUUGCUUUUCCUAAGAAGAUGCUCCUGUGGUUCUUUCUGGUGUUGUGCAGCCCAGCUUCUGCUACAGAUCCAGAGACUGACUCAUCUGUGGAAAUUUGCAAUGUUUGCUCCUGCGUGUCAGUGGAGAAUGUACUUUACGUCAACUGUGAAAAGGUUGCAGUCUACAGACCAAAUCAGCUGAAGCCACCUUGGUCUACCUUCUAUCACCUCAAUUUUCAGAACAACCUCCUCAUCAUCCUGUAUCCAAAUACAUUUCUGAACUUUACUCAUGCUGUGUCCCUGCAGCUGGGUAACAAUAAAUUACAGAACAUUGAGGGAGGAGCUUUCCUGGGUCUCAGCGCAUUAAAGCAGUUGCACUUGAACAACAAUGAAUUAAAGAUCCUCCGAGCUGAGACUUUCCUUGGCAUCGAGAACUUGGAGUAUCUCCAGGCUGACUACAAUUUAAUCAAAUAUAUUGAACGGGGAGCCUUCAAUAAGCUCCACAAACUGAAGGUCCUCAUCCUCAAUGACAAUCUGAUUGCCUUCCUCCCUGACAAUAUUUUCCGUUUUGCUUCUCUGACCCACCUGGAUAUACGUGGGAACAGAAUACAGAAGCUGCCCUAUAUUGGGGUCUUGGAACACAUUGGACGCAUUGUGGAACUGCAGCUGGAAGACAAUCCAUGGAAUUGUACUUGUGAUCUCUUGCCAUUGAAGGCAUGGCUGGAGAACAUGCCCUACAACAUCUACAUUGGGGAGGCCAUCUGUGAGACGCCCAGUGACUUGUAUGGGAGGCUUUUGAAAGAGACAAAUAAGCAAGAGUUGUGUUCCAUGGGGACAGGGAGUGAUUUUGAUGUGCGCAUCCUGCCUCCCUCGCAGCUGGAACCGGGUUACAGCACACCCAAUGGCCACACAACGCAAACGUCAGUGCACCGAUUGGUCACCAAGCCUCCCAAAACAACCAACCCUUCUAAGAUCUCGGGUAUCGUGGCGGGCAAAUCCCUCUCCAACCGCAACCUCAGUCAAAUUGUGUCCUUUCAGACUAGGGUGCCUCCUCUGACACCUUGCCCACACCCUUGCGUUUGCAAAACGCACCCAUCAGAUUUGGGAUUAAGUGUCAAUUGUCAAGAAAGAAACAUCCAGUCCUUGGCUGAACUGGUUCCUAAGCCAUUGAAUGCCAAGAAACUGCACGUGAAUGGCAAUUACAUUAAGGACGUGGACACUUCUGACUUUGCUGAGUUUGAAGGGCUGGAUUUACUCCAUCUGGGCAGCAAUCGCAUUGUGGCAAUCAGAGGGGAGGUUUUCCGCAACCUCACAAAUUUACGGCGGUUGUAUCUAAAUGGCAAUCAGAUUGAGCGUCUGAGCCCCGAAAUGUUUGCUGGCCUCCACAACCUUCAGUACCUGUAUUUGGAAUACAAUGUCAUCAAAGAAAUUUUGGCGGGCACAUUUGACCUGAUGCCAAACUUGCAACUGCUCUACCUGAACAACAACUUGCUGAGAAGUCUGCCGGCCUACAUUUUUGCUGGGGCUCCCCUGGCUCGGCUGAACCUGAAAAACAACCAUUUCAUGUACCUGCCUGUAAGCGGUGUGCUGGAUCACCUGAAAUCCCUCACACAGAUUGAUCUGGAAGGCAAUCCAUGGGACUGCACUUGUGACCUGGUUGCCUUGAAGCUCUGGCUGGAGAAGCUCAAUGAAGGGAUUGUCGUGAAGGAAUUAAAGUGUGAUACACCAGUGCAGUUUGCAAACAUUGAACUGAAAUCUCUCAAAAAUGAGAUCUUGUGUCCUAAACUCCUAAAGUCUGCCUUUUUUACAAGCCCUGCACCAGUGGUCACCUUUACGACACCCUUGGGUCCCAUUCGGAGUCCUCCAGGUGGACCUGUACCUUUGUCUAUCCUCAUCCUAAGCAUCUUGGUGGUGCUGAUUUUAACUGUCUUUGUUGCUUUCUGUCUUCUUGUCUUCGUUCUUCGUCGCAACAAGAAACCAUCUGUGAAACACGAAGGGCUGGGGAACCCAGAAUGCAGUUCCAUGCAGCUGCAGCUACGGAAACAUGACCACAUGUCAAAUAAAAAGGACACCCUUGGGGCAGAAGCCUUCAUCCCUCAAACCAUUGAGCACAUGAGCAAAAGCCACUCUUGUGGCUUAAAGGAAACGGAAACGGGCUUCACAUUUUCCGAGCCGCCGGGGCAGAAAGUCAUCCUGAGGAAUAACAGCGACAAGGAUAAAGAUUUAUUGCACAUGGAUACCAGAAAAAGACUCAGCACAAUCGACGAACUGGACGAGUUAUUCCCAGGCCGAGAUUCAAACGUAUUUAUUCAGAAUUUUCUCGAAAGUAAAAAGGAAUACAACAGUAUAGGGGUCAGUGGCUUUGAGAUACGGUAUCCAGAGAAACAGCAAGACAGAAAAAACAAGAAAUCUUUAAUAGGGGGUAAUCAUAGUAAAAUAGUCGUCGAACAAAGAAAGAGUGAGUAUUUUGAGCUGAAAGCUAAACUUCAGGGCUCACCGGACUACUUACAAGUUCUCGAAGAACAAACGGCUUUGAAUAAAAUUUAGGUCAUGCAAUCUCCUUUCCUACAAAGAACAUUUAUUUAAUGAUGCAAGUGCCUUUUGUUGACUUUUAAUUUCCAAAUAUGAUAUUCUACUGGUAGGCAUAGAGGCAGGUGAGCCAAGGGUGUGUGAUAAAACUCUAGCUCAAAAAUAGGUGUUGUUUCACGAAACUCUUGCCCUGUGGAAAUCCCAUAGGGGAUCCUGCGGAACUCUAUGGCCAAAGUGUUGCUUUAUACACAUAUUACACUGAAUUUAACCUCAAGAGGCAUAUAUGUUUUUUACCCUAAUGGCAAAACUUUUCGUCUCCUUGUGAUUUGUUAAAGCAAAUGCACAAGAAGGAAAGAAAAAGAGAGAGAGAGAGAGAGAAAAGAAAGAAACUGGUAUCGAUGCUGGCAUACCUCAGCUGGUCAUCCAUCUGCAAGUGGAUUAAAUGUGGUGGUGGAACUGGAGUCAGUCAAUUCCCAUGGUAUGUGGUCUUGUAAGCAGCACUGUUUUAGAGCUUACCGAAUCCAAGUUUUUACAAAAACAAAACAAAAAAAAGCAUGCAAAAAGAGAGAACAUUCGAUAGUACGUGUAAAAAUUGGUUACCUUUAUGGCCUGCAUCUUGAAACCGCUGGAUUUAUAAUGUUAAAAUUGUGCAGAAUUCUUUGUUUCAAAUAUGCCAUGCAUUGCAUCCCUACCAAUUGAUUUGACCGUCUGACGCAUACCACGAAUCGGCAUCAAAAUUGAACCAACCAGCUAACCAACCCACAACAGCGACAAGCAAAUAAAAACAAAAGAUUAAAAAAUGGCAGCAUUCAAUGUGACGGGAAAGAAAAACAAAACAAAAACAAAAUCUUGCUGUAAGACUAAUUUAUGGCUUCUUAACCCCUGUUUAACCCAUUCUCAGUGACGUGAAACUUCUUUCAACCCCCCCAAAGGUUGUCUAAAAUUUUAAAAAAAGAAUUUGCUUGCUGUGUGAGCGUUUCAGAAAUUAUUUUUGUAAUAUAAUUCAUAUUUAUGAAAUACUUUGUAUACUAAAUAGGGGAAAAAUUAUGUACUCCUCAAUAUGUAUUUAAAUAUGCCUGAUUUGUUUUUUUCCUGGUCACAAAGGUGCAUUAAUCGUUCAGUAUAAUUUUAAAAGUUAAAAAAAAGGAGAGAGAACAAUAUACCAAACAGAAACUGUUGACAAAAUGUAUAGAUUUAUUUGAGAGUCAAUGUGAUCAGGUCUAAGAAUAAUAAUAAUAAUGGUAAUAAAAUUAUGUUCUGUACUACUCUUGUGAAAGUAGCAGAGGACCUUCUUUGGAGAUUUGUCCCUUUAGAUUCAUGGAUAGCUGAGUUGAUUUCCUUUAUACUCUUUGAUAUACACUGUGUUUUGGCUUGUUGUUAAGGAUUCUGACACUUCAGGACUUGGUGGCUUAUUUCAUAGACGACGUUGUGUUGUUGCUGUUGUUACAAAAGUCCACUGAGUUGGUAAGGACUCAAAACUGUAUUUUAGCAUUUGUGGUCAGGUUCUGAAGCUUGCUGCUGUUUGAAGGUAUUGCGAGUUGCAGUAGGACAUUGGAAAUAAUGCAGUGGUGGUCAUACUUGGAAAAGCGUGGAGGAUUCUGGGAGCUGCAGUCCAAAAAAGUAACUUUUCUGAGUAACUUUACCAAGA